AUGGGAAGGGGAGGAGAACAAAGGGGAAGAUGGCACGUGUGGGAACUGGUGAGGCAGGUGUUGGGGGGGCCCUGUGACCGGUUACCGGCUGGGAGGCAGGUAGAGGAUGAGGACAGCGUGGAAUGGCUGUUGUCUUUUUUAGAGAGCGAGAAAGGAGGGACAAAGAUUAUUUUGAAAAUUUUAUAUUGGAUUCGUGACUUCGACCUCGAGAUUGGAUUCGUGACUUCGGCUCCGACCCAAGUCCACAACAGCAAGAUCCUCAAGAAGGGUGACAUGUUUGUUGUCCCGGUCGGGCUCCUCCGCUACUUUCGCAACGGCCCAGAAUUUAAAUACGGUCUUGUUGGCCGUGGUCAACAGUCAAAAUGCCGGUAUAAUAACCUUCACAAUGGCAUUUCCGGGGCUAAGCCGCGGGUAAAUGCUGAGUACUUAGCCAGGGCCUACCAGCUGGACGAGCAUACCAUCCAACGGCUCCAGCUGGGCGCCAUAUAA